UAAAGUGAUGAAUUUCACCAAAUCCAUUGCUGCUGUGGUUAACGGAACUUUUGGGGAAGUGACUAAAAAUGUACAGCUUUAGCAAACAUUAAGGGCUAUUAGUGCUCUAGAUGAAAGAACGUGGAUCAUUUUGAGUCCAAACCCAAAGAUAGUGGACUAUUUUGUGUCUUUUCUCUUUAUUUGGCCAGAACCCUUAUUUUUUCAUCCUCCCCCCUUCCUCUCCAAUCUCUCUUUCGGCAGCAAGCGGCGAACGGCACAGCAGCAGGCGGCGUACGGCUGAUCUGCGCAUCUUCUAGAUAAGUAAUGGGUGAUAAGAAGAAGGCUGGAGCUCUAUUCGUGAGGCUCGUUUCAGCUGCUGGAACUGGGUUUUUCUAUGUAAAGAAGAAGACCAAAAAGCUUCAAACGAGUCAAACGAAACUUGAAUUUAGAAAGUUUGAUCCUCGUGUGAAUUGUCAUGUUUUGUUCAAGGAAGAAAAGAUGAAGUGAUACAAAUGCCAAACUUGUACCAGACCCUUUUCACACUUGGUUUUCGUUUGUAGCAACCAGACGUGAAUUUAGAUAAAGAAACUUGUAGCACAACAAUACGGUUGGUUUUUUUAGUUCAAUCUACGUAUUGUAAUUCUCUGAGUUCGUUCGUGAUCAUGUAGCACUACAAUUCGGUUGGUUUGUUUAGUUCAAUGUAUGGUUGGUUGGUUUGGCUGUGGACCAACGAUUAAUUUUGUUUACUGCAAUAA